AUGAAUGUCCGUCAUGUAAUCGAAGGAAGUAAUAUGAUCAGCAAAUAUGACAACGAUGUCAUUCCGUGUACAGUAAAUCUGUGUCUGAAUCAAGGUGUCUGUCUAAUGGAUCCGCUGCUGAAAGAUUUCAAAUGCAUUUGUGCAGCAUUUUACGCUGGUGAUCUAUGCGAGAAAUUCAAUGCAAGCAUUUUUAUUUGUGCAAAAUUAGGUUUGUGUAAUCCUCUUGGACCAUAUCUAUUUGGAUUCAGUGUUUUUGCGUGCAUCGGUAUCCUUGUUGCUGUUACACAAGGAUGCCUUCUUAUGUUCCGCAAAUUACUCAAUUGUAAAGGCUCUCGAAUGGAAGUUAUUGAGAGUACCGGGAAAAGAAAAAAAAGGCAGCGAAGUAAUACUUGCUUUGUUACACAAACAGGAAGUCAAGGGAAUAACUUAGCUAACACUCAAGAUUUAUGCAAAAAUAUACUUGGUAAAAGUACAUCAAAAUCAAGGCGACGUAUUCAUUAUACAGAUUCUGAAAAUACAUGUUGUGUGAAAAAGAUGAAACCAAAAAGAAAAUGUCUUUUAUGCAGUCAAUUAGAAGCUCCGUUAUUGUAUAAAUAUACUGGUAAUGAUAUCGGUAAAGUAAAAUUGUCCUCAGUGAACACAGAUCCAUGUUUACCGAAUCUUCAAGCAAGCAAAAAUAACGCUGAGAUCAAACAAAAUAUGAGUCACCAUCAGACCGAACCAGUGUCAAGAGUAAAUUAUUCUGAAAAUCUUAUUAAACCUAAUUUGGUUCUUUAUAAUGGUAAAGGAAAAUCAAAAUCCACUAAUCCUUAUUCCAACGACUCUUCUAUUUCAUCAGAUGACUUGAAAACUACUUCAAAAUUGGAGAAAUUUAAAUGGAAUAAGUUAAAUGAGAAUGAAGGUUAUGAUGAUGGUGAUGACAACGAAAAUGCCACUGGCGAAAACAUAAAUUCUCCAUCUGCCAAAGGUGCUAACAAUAUUACACAAACAAAUCUUAAGGCCAGAAACAUUCUUAAUACGUCGAUACAAAAUAACAGCAUCAGUCAGUGUUUGGCAUCUUGUUCAAAUACACCUCUGGAGAGUAAAAUAUUCAGAAAACAUGUAUGCAUCUUUCAUGGUUGUAAAUCAGAUUCCUCCUGUUUUAAAAACUUUGUUAAAAUAGGUAGAAAGAAGUUCUCUCCAAGACAACGGUGUUAUACACAUAAAUCUAUUAUGAAAGCAAUAAAUUAUCCUGUAUUUCAUACAAACAGUUCAUCAUAUUCUCCAGGAUCUUUAACAGUUGCUACAAAGUCAACAACAACUAAAACGACGACAUCAUUAGUGUACAAUAAUGGUAUGACCCAAACUAUUCUACAGCCAUUGAACAUUCAACAGAAUUUUAUUCAUUGCGAAAACCAUAUUAAAACCCCAUCACCUUGUUUUAUUUCUCAAUCUUGUUGUAAAGAUAACAAGGAUAACAAUGAAGAAGAUGACAGCAGUGAUUUUAUGGAGUAUGAAAAUUCUUGUAAUCAUCAUCAAACAUUUUACCUGGCGUAA